GGCACGGAGGGCAAAGAGAAAGCAGCGAAGCCGCCUCCGCUAUUCAAGUGCUCUCUAUAAGAGUACAGAGAGAGGAACGGGUGUGGGAUGUUAGGGAAGGGCUGAGGGAACAGCCGCUGCUCCCCCCCCGGAGUGCGCAGGUGGUUCAGCCCGAGGUGCCCGGUCGCGUAGCAACGGUGCGCGCUGAGGCGCUGAGGGGAGCCGGGGGGCGCUGAGGGGAGCCGGGGCCGGGGGAGCUCCGGGACCGCGGGCGCCCACGAACGGCGGGCAGGGAGCCCCGAGGAGGAGCCCAGAUAACGCGGGGGGGUCCCCGCAGGGCUCAGGCUGCCCCCGGGUGCUGCUGAGGGGCGCAGCCUGGCAGGGAGCGGCGCUCGGUGCCGGCUGAGCCCAGCCCUGCCCGGCUCCUGCGCCCGUCGCUCAGCGCCCAGCUCGCGCUUGCUGGAGAAUCACGCUGGAAAGCGAGCUUCUAGUGCAAAAAUACUGCUCCUCUUCAGGGAUCCGAGUGUUCAGGAGCCCUGCUCGUGUUCUUCUUCCGUCUGCUUCCCCCUCCAGGCAGGCUCCAUGCCCAUCCCGCACGCGCGGUGCUGGCACUCGGCUAAUAAAGAGCAUUUUGGCUCUGAGCUGCCAGGAUGGCCCCUGACACACUUUCCUGUUUGCGCCUGGAACCCAGAUUCCCUUUGCAUGCCCUCGGUAUCCUCAGAAAAAAGGAAUUGCAUUCAUCCAUCCUCAGAGGCUUCCAGUUUCCUGAGGGGGGCUCGUGUGCUGGCAAGGAGAGAGGCUGAUGGCUACUAUUACCUGGGCCACGUUGCACAAGAGGUGAAGGGCUCAAGGGAACGCUUUGUGAUCGAGUUUGACAGAAGUCGUGCUCUGAAAGGCAAGGUGGAGCUUCGCCUGCAGGAAACGCCUCUCUACGACAUCCUCCACUAUGAGGAUGCCAGGCGACAGCCACUCGCUCCAGGAGACAGGGUCCUGGCACCGUGGGAGGCUAAAGCUGAGCGGUUUGGCCCAGGCACUGUGCUAAAGGUUAUGGAGAACGAGGAGGCACACUCAGCACAAAAUCGGCAGGGAGUGCUUGUCAGUUUCUGGAACGGGCAGACCAAGGAGGUGCCUCCUGACCGAGCCCUGCGCAUCCCCCUGCCCCUCAGCGAGCGCAUCAUCCUGGAACUGCAGAUGCCUCUGGCGGCCAGGCAGAUGGUGGUGGAGUCCAGCUGGGAUUACCCCUACGUCGUGACACCAGGUUACAGACCUUCAGGGUGUCGCAGACAGGGUCACUCAGCUCUGGAGUGCUGGCCAAGGGGUCCGUGUUCGGCUCAGCCCUGUGCUACGUGCAGCUGUAGGUGCACCUUGCUUCCCCGCUGCUGCCUGGCAGCCUGCGAACGCCCUCAGCCCCCAGAGCACAAAGUGCAGCAAGAAGGUGGCUUCAUGCCAGGAGCAAGCUUCGCUAAAGAAGAGCUCAGCGAGAAAAUAGAAGAGCAGCUGUCUGAAGUGAGGAUUUCCUCUUCGGAAAGUGUUUCCAGAGAGGAAGAGAAAAAGGAAGAGAAGAGAUUGAAGGCAGAAAAUGCUCCAAAAGAUUCUGAGUCUUGUUUGGAAGAGGAUAAGGAGGUUUUAGAUCCUAAGAAGAGUCCCCAGAGGGAGCCAGCUCACGUUACUAUGGUUGAUGCUGCUGUCAGCACGGACAGCUGGCUAUCGGAGGCAGUCCGCGAGGAGGAAGCAGGCAGCAGACACCAGGAUGCUGAAACUGACGCUCAUUUUAAACACAAACACGGCCUUUUUGAGCCCAGAGAGGCAGAAGCUCUAAUCCAGCCUUCCCAAAGGAGCCGUUCCCUGGGAAGCAGUGCUUUGGGUCCUUUCAGGCGACAGAGCUUCUUUGACCGAGUGAAUCAAUCCCUGGAGAGAGACAGGCUGGCCAUUGAGUCAGCUCUGCGUGUACAGAGGCCACACAGCACCUCCAGUGCGCGGGCUAGGAGAUCCACAAACCUCCUGCAUCUUCUAAAGGACAAAAGCAUUACGAAAUCAGUCCUUAACCGUGCAUCUCAAGAGAGAUGGAAAGAGAUGGACCUCAACAGAGCCAAGAUUGAGCACAAAAGGGGGCAACAAGAAGAGAGGCAGCAGAAGAGGCAACAGCAGCAAGAGGAAGAAGCUCUCCGACGCCAGCUACGCCGGAACAACCAGAGGCAGCGAUUGCAUCAGAGAAUGUUGCAAGGGUUGGAGAAACAGCUGGAGCAUGAAGAAAGAGCUUUGCAGCGCACCGCGUUGCUUCAAGUAGCAUGGUCAGAGAGGAGCAGGAAGGAAUCCUUCUUGUCAGAGGAGGAGAACAGAAAGGCAAGUGAGAGGCUGCAGUCCUUACAGACACAGCGAUUGCAGAGAGAGAAAUUGCUUGCAGAACGCAAUGAGAGGAGCUUUGAACAGGAGAAAGAAAGGCUGGAUUUUCUGAAGAGCAGAAUGCAGUCACAGCAGCAAAUGCAGAAGCAAGACUCACAGGAGCAAGACAGGCAACAAAAGCAGCACCAGGCUGCCAAAAGGAAAGUGUUCCAGAACAGACACCAUUCACAGGAGAAGGCGCAAAAAGAAGACCAAAAGCACUGUGACCUUCAGCAGUACCUCAGGGAACAGAAUCUUUUGAUGCUCCGGGCAUCACUGCUUGCAUAAGGAAACAGCAGAGUGGGUAAGCAGGUGCUGAUCGGUUCACAAACCCGUUCUGCACCUCAGUGUAUGGCACUGUGCUGCAGGCUGCGUGCCUGAGUGCAGCUGUGACAAAUGGAAUUAGGACUCAUGGAGAAAUCUUCUAUGCCCCUUUCAUUGCAGCCAGCACCCAUUUUCAGUGCUCUGUCCCUUACCAAUCUUUUUUCCUGGGGCUACUGUUCUGGCCAUUGUGUAGACCCCUGCCUCUGUCAAACUCUUCUUUGGAUUUAGGCGUAUGCAGAAACCACACUGAGAAACCCAAAUCUGCAACCCUGAGCUACGCUGGUACUUAACAUGAAGGUAGCAUGGCCAUUGGCACAGAUUAUGUCCCACUGUACAAGCUGGAAGGGGAAUUAAAUACAGGCCUGAAAAAAACUUCCCCUGGUGAAUUCCAGGGGCUUUCUGCCCUGCUGUUUCUUCCAGAACAGGGCCAGAAGAGCACAUUUCUUAAAGGUCAAGGACAACACAAAAUAGAAAGUAAAGCUAUAUGAUGCUGGCGUAUGACUUACCUUGUGACGUUAACAUCACGUGAAAUAUGGGGAAGGAAAGCUGGAGACCAGCUGGAUGAAAAAACAAUGUAUUAAAACACAACAGAGAUAUCAACUGACUCUUGCAAGUGUCCCAUCGCACGUGAGUUGCAGAGAUCCAUGGAAAGAAGUCAAGUUGUGCUACUCCUGCCAGAAGUGCUGUGGGUCCAGAGCUGCUGCAGGUGGCAGGGCAGGAACCCGGUAAGAGGCGAGGUCCUUCAGAAAAGCUGGUAGGACAGCUUGGAACCAUCACGCUUGGGCUGCAGGUGAGUGUAGAUCCCUCCACUGUCAGUAUUCUUCAAAAUAUGCAGGCCAUUUCCCUAGAGGAAGAAUCACUUAUGGAAAACCAAAAGGCAUAAAGGAAACUUUUUUUUUUUCUGAGAGAGGGGAAACUAGGUGAAAACCUAGUUACCAACAGAGUUGAGGAUGCAACUGACUCCUCACUCCCCUGUUUGAAGCGCAUGACUCCCUUUCCUUAGUGAAGCGUGGCGUUAGCUGCUCCCAGGGACGUGCUGCCACCUUUUCCCUUCCACAGAAAAGAAAUGUUAAGACGCACCAAGAGAUGCUUUUACACAACAGGAAAGGGGAGAAGAGAUGUGUUUCUAAUAUAUUGUACGCUGAUUAGUGGCAGUGCCUUUGUUUGCAAAGGGGAGGAGGAGGUUAUUGUCACAUCCUGAAAUGCUGUACCUCGUCCUCAUAUCAUCAGAGAUAUAAAAUACAGCAGCAGUGUCACAGAGAAUGUUUUUAUCAACUUUGGGUAGCAAACAAUAUAAUUCACACGGGUAUUUAGGAAAUGAGAAUGGACACGGCACCAUUUGCUGAAGCACUUAAAGCUGUAUUGAAGGGAGUUUUUAUUUUUUAAGGAAGUGUGCUAAGAUAUAAAAUGAAUUUGAAGUACUACCCAGAACCAGACUGGAUAUGAAAUUUAAAUGCUGUUGCCUGACAUUCUGCGUACAUACAGAAACGUGUAAAAUACCUUCUGGACUAUCAGUCAGCAAAGAGUGCAGGUAUUAUUGCAAAAGGGAGCUCUUUUGAAAUUCUGCUUUGUCUUUUGAAUGGCCAGCAGUUUCUUAGCACUAAAUCUCAGACUGUGUUCCUCCUGCAAUAACUGAGAGGUUAUGCCUUCAGAUUUCCCCCCAAAGUUAAGGUUUAGACUAGAUCUCUCAUCCCAAAGUUUACUGACUAUUCUAAGGUCUUUAUGGCUAAAAGGAGUAUCUUUAAAUUUAGGAUCCAUAAUACACAUGAAGCAUUCUGAGGUUUUCAUUUUAAAAAAAAAAAAAGGGGAAAAAGAGGAACGCAAGUAUAAAGUAAAGGUCUUGAGGAUUGUUUCUUUUGUGUUUUUUUGUUUUUUUUUUUCACUGAGGUCUGAAAAAAUUGCAUCUUGCUGUGUAUUUGCAAAUGCCAUGUGAGGCACAGCUCUGCCUCUUAGACACUGAAGCCUACCAUUUGGUUAAGCUCUGUUUAGCCUCUGGAUGAAGUUGGAUGACACGUGCUGUUGGGGAAUGUCAUGAUGGCUGUGCCUAAGACCUGCAUAACCGCUGAGAACACAGCAGAGCGCUGUGCCCAGCUGUUGUGCCAGCUGGGGGGAUGCACACUGCUGGGUGAGAGGGGGUCCUGGCCGCACAUGGAGCUUGUCUUUAAUGUAAACUAUAGGGGUACUUUGACUCUUUUUUUUAAUGAAGACAGUUGUCCUACUCAAAAUCACAUACUGGUUAGGACAAUAAUGUACCCAGCUAUGAGUUUAAGUCUGCCUAGACUUACAAAAACAUGCCUAAAUCUUAAACGUUACUAUUAAACUCUCUGCUGGUUUUUAUCCUCAAUCAUGUGGAAAUGAAGCAUUUAGUAAUUAAAGUAAAUGAAAUACACUGAACAGAAUGAUAAACUUAUUUUUCAGAUAUCAAUUAUAAAUCAUUAUUUCAUAAUCACCAUUAAACAGCUAAUCAUCCGCAUAUGUAUUUUCUCUUCUUUGCUUAACCCUCUGAAAACAGACUACUGCAGCUACCCUGCGUGGCCGCAAUUAUUUAGUAUUAUGCUAUUUCCAAUCAUUCACAGACUGUUUCUUACCAUAAAAAUAAGGCCAUAAAAUAAUUUUAAGAGUACUAUUAAAAUAAUUGACUUGAAAAGCCGUGUAUGACUUAACUCAUUUGAUGAUGACUUUAAUUAUCCAAUUUAAACAUUCACAAUGUUUUUGAUCCAUUAGGAAAAUCCUUGGACUCCUUGUUUUGCAAACUACCUGAGGGGGAAGAAAACAAGUACUUGGAUAUUAGUUCAGGUUUUGAGUUGACUGUGGUGAAAGUUGGGGGGGGAGAGGACGGUGUCAGGGGUAGGGAAGGGACAGCAGCAGAGGGAGAGGACAGACUUUUUUUUAAACUUCAACAAAAACCAAGACCAGUACAAGUAUUCCAAAAAAAUAUUUUUAUUAUGGAAUUAGUUUUUCUAUUAAGUCAAAUAUUUUCUUUUACUGUCCAUAAUCCAAACUCCUGCGGUAUAGUGCUAGGGUAUGGGAGUUUGAAAAAACUAAUUGGCUGGUCUGUUCUUAUCAUCCAAAAUGACCAAGAACAGACCACUCCAUGCAGGAUCUCGGGACACUUCUACAAUAAAAGUAGAAGUUGAAGUACAAAAUACAAAGAGACUUACUGGCUUUUUUCACCCUGAAUUGCUUGCUUAGGUGUCAGAACAUCAUUGCUCAUACUGUAGUGACAGAUGAGUAAAUUAACUUAAAAUAUUUUACCUGAUUUAUUUCAAAACAAGCCAGCUUGAUCACUGAAUAUCUUUUUAAAGACUUUUAGACCAGUAAAACUGCUUUCCUUGUCAGGCUGCAGUGGUCUUGUACGCCUGGACUACAUGAUAUGUCAGUUAAAAACUAGCAGAGCAUACUAGCUCGUAGAACCAGGUAAUCGUAAGAGUCAGAACUCUCCAUCUGUGAGAAAUCUUCCUGGAAGAUGAAGGCCUUACAACCAUCCCUUGACUGGUGCUUGGAGGCAACAUUAAUGGAGAGUAAUCACCACAUGGCAUUUCCCCGAGAUGUGAGUGUCCUCACCUUCAGCUUCUUUCUGUCAGCUCGCAGGCACCACCGGUAACCCUGCACAGCGAGGGGGCAGCAGCUGCUGAAGUCUAUUUGAGGACAGAAGCUGCAUUUUUGAUGAGCAGUGGUUUAGCUGCCUCUAGGAUGUCCAGUUCAGGGUCCAGUGAACGACCAAGACCUUCCAGAACCAUAAUGGCAAAGAUGAUGGAAGCAAAAUUGCUCUCGAGCUUCACCUAGAACCACAAGAGACUGAAUGAACUCAGUGGACCUUUCUUCUGAGCCCAUUUCACAGAAGUACCAGCUCUGGCUAAACAGAGUGGGAAGGAGAGAAACAGGAGAGAGCUUGUAAGUACAUCUGAAACCAUGCUGCAACUUCAUCAUUUGGAGUUUCAGAACACUCUGAAAUCCAGCAGCAGGUCCAAAAAGUAACAGUUUCAGGGGAAGUGCCCUAAGGGAACCUAAGGGUUUACUUCUCAGUUCCAAGUAGGGUGAUUGUUUUAUUUUUUUUCCCCACACUGGAGUAGCAGAAGUUUAGGAUUCCUCACCACCACUAACAUGGUUAUAAACUGCAGUAGGAUCCAAACUACCUGAACACAUACGGUUUUGUAAGGGGCAGCUCACCUCCUGAAGGGCCACAGAAGAGCUCCCCUUAUCAUGGACAAAAAAAGCCCCCUGCUCUACAUGGAAACAAACUAGCCCCCAGUUCCCAGUACUAUGAUUGUUUUAAGGCAUACCAGGGCACCAAGAAGUCAUGGAGAUGUGAGCAAGAAUUGCUUUGUAAGGGCCUCAACUACGUUUCAUGCUACUGGAGAACAGCUUAAUGAGUCUUAAUGACUAAGAGCUCUAACUGAGGAAUGUUUACAGGGACCCUUUGCGGGCUGGGUAUGCCUAUGGCUGACAAACAACCUUCUCUCCAGUUCAGGUCACCAUGGCUUUGUUGAUUUCCAAGGCUGUUUCCAGCCAUAGGAGCUUGUUCCCAGAAAGUCAGAAGAAAGAAUCUCCUUCCUGGGAGCAAAUCCUCAUUUUACUGGUAAGUUAGAGCCCUCAAAGUGGCCUAGUGCUGCUACAUAAAGAUACAUGGAGAAAAGUUCAGGGAAGAAAGUAUGCAGGGAUAUAUAAAUGGAACCUACAUUAGAUUUCCUUUUCUACUUCUAAGAGGAUUUUAAAAAAUAAAAAAAAUACAUCUUAUAGCAACACUUUACUAAAUAUUUCCUAGUAUGUAAUAUAAAAUUCCUUUUAGCUAAUAAUAUCAACCAUUAAACGUAGCAUUAAGACAAAAUCCAACAAAAUAAAAGGUGGUCUUUGUAGGAUAUAUAUCAGGACUCGAGAAAUUGCAUGCCUAAAACCCUUCCAUGACUUCUGUCAGCCCCCCUCCUUGACAUUCACUUCAGAAGUCACAGUCCCCCACUUCGACAGCCCUUCAUGAUCCCAGUACUUCUACCUCCCCAAAUAACUCCCAGCUGCUAAAGGCAGACAGCAAGAGGACCUCACCUUAUGGGUCAUCAAUAAUUUAAAGACAUUCGAGAGAAGAUUUGCCACUUGAAGCUGGAACAGAAAAGGAGAAGUUAGCAGCUGAUCAAAAAAAACUGUGGUCAAGACAGUCAGAUGCAUGACAGGCAGGAUUCUAAAUGUUUGUUAGCAUUUAGUGACAACAGCCAACAUCAAAGUAUGAUCCUCUCCACCCCGCCCAAGAUGAAGAGUUCAGCUGUGACCCAUGGUUCUUGUUAGAAAUUUAAGAAAAAAACUAAACACUUUGUUGUUGUUGUUAGAAGGAAGUAAGAAAGGAUUUUAGGGACUUUUGCUCCAUGCGAGGGACUAAAAGCUCCAAGUACUGGUUGGUAGUGCCGUGGGGAUCACAGCUGGCCUUUCCACCCAGCCCAUUCUGAAAGCAAAGUUGUGCUGAACUACAGGUACGUGAGGGUGGGAAGCUGUACAUGGACUUGCCUUUCCCAGGGCGAUGGUGUUCCCCCGGACUUUGGUCACUAGUUCUGCCAUUUCGGAUUUGAAUCGCUCGAUAUCCUGGCACUGGUUAGCACGGGCAUGAUGAAGGAUCAGUUCUGCCACUCUCUCCCCCUGUGAAACAAGGGAAAAAGAAAAAUCAGCAAAACUGCAGCACUGGUGCCAGGCCUGCGGGGAGCUGCACGCUGUUAACCUCUGCUGUGGAUUCCUGGAGGAGGCACACUGUAGGGAGAACUCCCAGGGCCACGCUUCCCAUUUCCAGCAACAGGGACACAAACAACAGAAGUGGGUGCAGGAAAUGUGGAACUGGUCUAAAACUCUUAGCUGGUAUCUGCCAAAGGCCUGCUCUGUCAGUCUUGCAGAUCUUGUAAGGGAGGACAUAUCUGAGACCAUCUUUGUUAAAAGUUUUGGGGCAAGGGGGAAUAAACCCACAGGAUUAACAUUUUCUUCUCAACAGAUGAGGUGGUGCGAAGAAGGGCAUCUAUUAACCCUUCCCUACAGGCUAAGUCCAACCUUCUGUUUGCAAACCAUGGAGGGAAGAGCGAGAUGAUUCUGUACCAGGGCAUUUGGCAAGAAAAGGACAAGGCAGGAGGGGAAGAACCAUCUCCAAGCUACACUUGUGAGUGGCACUGCAGCUCCUCUUGGAUGAUGUGGCCCAGCUAUGGCAAGGAGAUUUGGUGUCAAGUUUUUCACCUGUAGAUCACAAAUUACCCCAACCUCAGCCAUGAAGGCCUUGCAAGAAAACUUACAGAGUUUUUACUUAUUGGCUUAGAAGUCUGGCAGUACAGAAUGGGCCUGAACAUGUUGAUUUUAGCACUGACUUCUGGGUGUGCUUCAGCAGAUUAGACCAAGGUAAAAUGUGUCCCUCUGAUAUGCUGAGGGGCCAUCCAACCCACAGUGAGGAACAGCAACACACCAGUAUGAUUACAGAUGCUUUUUCUCAAAAUGAACAGACACAUCGGCACUGGAUUCUCUAGCCCAUCUGAGAACAUAUUUUACAGUGUGAAGGAGGAGAAAGAGGAGCCUGGCUUUAGCUGAGCAUCUCAUCCCUGUGCCUGGCAUAGCUUCCCAGCUGGCAAGCCUCCUCUCCCCUCCCGAGGAGGAUUGUAAGGGGAAACAGAGAGCACCGUGCUUUACCCACCGGGCUGCGUGGCUCUCUCCCUUUCCCAGCCUCACCUGGCCCUGGACCACAGCGGUGAAAACGGCGCGGAAGUUCUGCAUGUCGGCACUCUGCAGCUCCGCCACGAUCCCCGCAUCCAGCAGCACGAGGCAGAGCCGCCGCAGGGGCGGCUGCACCUCCACCACCAGCGUGUCGCACAGGUCCACCACGGCCGUCUGCUCCCUGCUACCAGGGCUGGCCUGGGCCGUGCCUUGCACCAGGAUGUUGCCGGGGUGCAGGUCGGCGUGCACAAAGUUGUCGACGAAGAUCUGGAAGACAGGCAGGUGUCGCAGCAGCUGAGCCAACCAAGCCUGCCCGCACCAAACCCUGGGCUAACAGCGUGGGUUUGUUCCCGGCCCUUAUUGACACACAUCACCUCAGGCAGCAGCACAGUCAGUGGCCUCUGCUGCAGAUCAACCCUGCUCAAAUGGGGCAGGUACUACUCACUCCCCGUGAGUCAGCAGAGCUGGGUGAGGCAACCCUGCACAGCUGCUAGAAGCCAGGUAGAACAGCAACAAGUCCCAGCAGGGAACUCCAGUUCUCUCUGACUAUUAACCCCGUGCCCAGCGCAGCCUGGUGGGCCUUGCUGAAGAGGACCAGCAAGAACAGACCGUUUGCCACUCAUUGGCAUGGGGUUUAGUGCGUGGCUAAGUUUGUCCAGUCCAGUACAUCAACCCACCCUGCAGCUGGAUUGAAAAGUAACGGAAAGAAGUUAGAAGAGGAAACAAAUGCAUGUAGUACUUCUCCAUCUCUGCUAGCAGUUAGCAGCAGAAAGGGCUAACAAGAGGGCACGCACAAGGUAAUGCUUCUCCACCAACAUUCUUGGCAACCUGAGGCUGCAGGACUUCCUGCCCACAGGAGGUUCUCUCUGUAUCUGAUGGAUUUCUCCCCCUGUGAAUUUGUCUAGUUUUCACAUAAAUAAUUAUGGCAAUGUGAAAAUAGCAGGGGUUUUGGGGCACUGCCUGAAAAAGUGGCCUCCAUUAAUUUUUAUGUCCUUAUUGUUCUAAGAAACCAUAAGCAAUAGAUCCGUAUUUAUUCUCUAACACCCAUGACUCUAUAUGUCUGCAUUAUAAGCUACUCCAAUUUCUCUGCUUUUCAGAGUUGAGAGUCCCAGUUAUUUCAUCAUUCCUGCACAGAAGCCAUUACACACUGGUAAUUCUCCUGGCUGCCUUCCCCUGCACCCUUCUUAGUUCCAUUACAGCCCUUGAAAUGGAAGAUCAUGGACAGCGAGGGACUAGAACUGCAGAAUAUUCUAGACAGGUGAAGAGUUGAGGAAAUGCAGUAAGAAUGUCUUCUGGGGCACACUAUUUACAAACAAAGAGUGGAAGAGACCCUGAAAGAACAACACCGAUCUCUUCAAGCAAGUAAGAUAAAGCAUCCUUCUGCCUGUGAGUGCUUGUUCUCAAAAGACACCUCUUUAGAGUGCUCUCCUAAGGGCCUUCUCACUGCUAUCACUAUUCUCAGGAUGUGCAAUUCUUACCUCAAACGUUUCCACUAGAACUUCGCUCGUUACCAAAGGGCGAACAGGAGUUGGGAACUUCACAAAAUCAACAUCUAGGAAAUUUUGCCGGAAGCGCUCCAGAUUUCUGGCUUCGUAGCGUAAGUCGAUCUCAAGGGA